AUAAAACAUCAAAAAAUGCUACGACGGUGCGGGACUUAAAGUUACUGUUACCGAAAAAGAAACCACUUAGCGAACAACUGCCGUGGACUAUGCUCGAAAAUACGUACAUUGAUUCAAAAGAGCAGGCUUCGGUCGCUACAGAGCUCAACGAGAAGCAAAGCGACUGCAAUCAAAAGACACGGGAAGACUCGAACAUUGACGAUUCUGUUUCGAAUAAUGGGACCGAAAAUGGCGUGUUGCUGAUCAAUAAUCAGAUCAGAAAUUUUCAAACUAUUCGUGCACCGGAAUUGAUUCGCUUCGGACCGGAGCAGGAAGUGGCCAUCGCUUGCAAGGACCGUGUCUUGCGUUACAAUUACUCCAGAGAUACCUGCCACAAUCUUAAGCCGACAACAGUCGGUGAUUCAUGCACAGCAGUUUCUUCGCUGGUCUUCAACAACUCGACGACUGGAAGCAGUCAACUUCUGGUUGGACACGGUGAUGGCGUCGUGCGCCUUUGGCAAUCAAACACCCUAACUAAUGUCUGGCAAGCCCUGUACGAUCCAGUUAGCCGAACACCGUCAACAGCAGUGGCAAAAGGACUAGUCAUGAGUGCUUAUGGGAAAACCCUUUUCACCGCUGGCGACGCCAAAUAUCUUCGUAGUUGGGAUCUGGAAGCGGAGCAGAUGAUUGGUGAUACACCUACAGGAAUAGACGAACCAGUAACUGCUAUUGUAUGCCACAACCAUCACAAUGUGGCGCUAGGUUUCGCUUCUGGGAAAAUUCGUAUCUUUGAUACGCGCACUAAUAGUAGAGCUGCAAGUAAAACUGGUUACACUCCGCCGAUUCUCAAGUCGGUACGAACGAUGAGUGUGCGAAACAACCAGGUAACCUUGGUCAGUGCUAGCGCUACUGGUCUUGUUCACGUGUUGGAUCUGAGAAAGUUGGCAAUUCCUCUGAAGCAAUGGUCUUUCGACGGUGAAGUAUCGGAUGUCGCAAUCCAUGAUCGAUUGCAACUGGUGGCUGGUGCCGGAGAAUUGAUCGACGUUCGAACGAUCGAUGGCGAGGAAUUGUAUAAGAUUCACAGAAUGGAAGGCACUGGCGGUGCCGGAGAAGGGACGAAAAAACGACCACCAUCGUGUUUAGUAUUUCACCCAAACGAAGCGCUGAUCUGUGCAGGAUACAAUGAUAACACAGCGGUGCUGUAUGCUGAUCGCUCGGCGAGUAAGCAUUGUAAGGUUUGACCAAAGCGAGAUUAUAUCCGUUGGAUUAAUUUUCAUUUUUUCCUUUCUGACGAAUUUGAAUUUU